UCGAUGCACUCAAUUAUGCCAAAUCUGGCCACACUUACAUGCUUCAUGAAUUAAAUUUUCGUUAUACAUAUGUAUAAAAUAUUUAAUCGAAUGCGAGUUAUUCGAUACCUGUUUUAAUCGAACGUUAAAGCGAAUAUAUAAGUAACUUAUUAAUCAAGUGGCUCCAGUGCUACGUUUAUAAUUAUCACAUAAAUUUUCUUCCAAAUCGUUCGAAAAUAUCGUACCUACAAAUUUAAAAAUAUGUCUGAACACAGCGAUGACAUGGAAAAGGAGAAGAAACCUGAUGACGAAGCAGCACAUAGUGCGUCAAAACCAGAGGAAGCGGAAGAGUCAGAUAUGGAGAAGAUUCCUAAAUAUUUAGCAGAAAAGUUAAGACUUUUUAAAGAUUACUUGGAUCAUUCAAAGCGAAAAGUAAUUCCUGAACUUAGCGUAGAUGGAGUAGCAGAAUAUAUAAAAGAAAAUGAAAACCUUAAAGUUAUUACCAUGGCUGGAGCUGGCAUCUCCACAUCUGCAGGAAUUCCUGAUUUCCGAUCACCAUCUAGUGGCCUUUAUCACAAUUUAGAUAAAUAUAAUUUGCCUCAUCCUCAAGCUAUUUUCGAAUUGAAUUACUUCAUGGAAAAUCCAGAACCAUUUUUUAAGCUUGCACGAGAAUUGAUGCCUGAAGGCAUUAAGCCUACACUUUCCCAUUAUUUUAUUCGUCUUUUAUGGGAGAAAGGCUUGCUUUUGCGACAUUAUACACAAAAUAUUGAUACUUUAGAGAGAUUGGCUGGCUUACCUUCAGAGAAAUUAGUAGAAGCUCAUGGAACGUUUCAUACUGGACACUGUCUCAAGUGUCGAGCACCAUAUACGUUUACAUGGAUGAAAGAGAAAAUUAUGGAUAAUACCAUACCAAAAUGCGAAGAAUGUGACGAGGGUGUAGUAAAACCAGAUAUAGUAUUUUUUGGAGAAAUGUUAUCCGAACGUUUUCAUUAUCUUAUUGAUCGUGAUUUCGGACAAGCAGAUCUUUUAAUAAUUAUGGGAUCUAGUUUGGUUGUCCAACCUUUUGCAUCCUUGGUACACAGGGUGCGUUCUAAUUGUCCGCGUUUACUUAUCAACAAGGAAAAAGUGGGUUUGAAUCGUGAUUGUCUAUCACGACUUCUAGGAUUGCGAGAGGACUCGGUUUUUAACCAGCGAGCCUUUCAAGGUGGAUGCGAUAUCACCUGGUUAGGCGAUUGCGAUGCUGGUUGUCAAUUGUUAGCUGAAAAAUUGGGUUGGGCUGACGAAUUGACCGAUCUGAUGAAGAAAGAACACGAACGAUUGGAUGCAGAAGGUACCAGCAAGGAUUGAUUACAUUAACCCUUAAGUGGAUUAUUAGGGCCGCUGCAGCCCUCCGUAAGUUUAAACUAAUAAUUCUUUAAUACAUGUCAAUGUAAUUAUUUGAAAAUUUAUGAAAUCCUCCAUUAGCUCAUUAUGUUUUAAAUGCUUUAAAGAAAAGUUGAUUUCCAUUUAUCAAUUUUGUAAAAAUGAACGUUAAGUAAAAUAAUUCAGUUGUUGGACUUUCGGGUAAGUUUUAUACGUGUGACGAAAGAGUGGUGUACUUAUCAAAAGACCAUUCUCCCACAAAGUUUGACCGGCUUGAAAUGUGUUGCAAAGGACAAUAUUUUGUACAACUUUUUCCUAUACAUAUAAUAAAUGAUCGACUUCACUUUCCAAGAUAUUUGCGAAAAACUUUCGGUAUCAUUACACUGAAUUCGAUCACCUAUUAUACGUAUAGGAAAAAGUUGUCCAAAAUAUCUUUAUAACAUAUUUCAGGCCCAUCAAAAUCCGCGAGGGAGCGGUCUUUCAACAGGUUGACCAAAAGAACGACUAGUUAUAAAAAAUUUAUUUAGUAAUUUUAUCUAUCAGUCUUAUCUAUCAAUCGUAAAUAUAUGAGAAUAUACGUAAUAAAACAGUAAAGCAUACUAUAAGUGCUGUUGAAGAAAGUACUAUUUCUGAUCCAUCAACAGAACUAAUAAGAAAUGUUCAAGUUGUCAUUUGUGUUUAAUAAAAAUACGUGUCUUUCAAAUUUGCCAAAAGUGUAAUAAAAAUGUAUGCAAAGAACAUUCAAAAAUAAUUUGUAUUGACUGUUUAAAAUGAAGAAGCAUUGUACACUCUGUGUUUGACAUUAGUCGUAAAAUAAUCUCACCUACUUUAGCUUUCAAAUUUCUCAUAUCUUCAUGCAUUUCUAAACGUAUUACACUAUAAAAGAAUUGACAUUUUAAAGAAUCUGUUGCAUGGUAAGUGGAAGAGAAAAAUGACUUUAUGAAUUCACAUGCGAAACCGCGGUGGUCCCAUGGGCCCUACAACUAAACUAAGAUUGAGUGUCCACUUAAGGGUUAAUGGUACUGUUGUAAGGUGAAGUCGUUCAUUUAACAUGAUUAUAUUUAAUUGCUUCGCUAUAUUUCAAAGAAAUGAAGCUACAUAAAAAGUUACUAUUUUAUUUUAUUUUAAAACGGUUGUAAAAAUGUUGUUUAAAAUAUUGAAUAUUUAACGUUUAAUGAUAAUAAGAGUACACGCUUUUACCUGUAUUUCUUCCAUCGAAGUUUUAGGAGAAAAUAGAGAAAAUUGCAUAAAAUUAAUGAUAAUAGCAUAAUUCUUUAAUUUAUAUUUUUCAAACAAUAGCAUUUGGUAGCAUACCGAUGUUAUAUCGACGUAGUAUAAUAUCUAUUACUCA